AUGUCGGGGUCGCUCAAAUGUCGGUUGCUCAAGUGUCGGGGUCGCUCAACUAUCGGUCGCUCAAAUGUCGGUCGCUCAAAUGUCGGGAUCGCUCAAGUGUCGGUCGCUCAGAUGUCGGUCGCUCAAAUGUCGGGGCGCUCAAGUGUCGGCGCUCAAACGUCGGUUAAUCGUGCCAUUGGAAUAUGUUCGGAAACAGGUCCAGUUAGUGAUCUCAAUUAUGGUAUUGUGAUCUACGGCGGAACAACUACCACAAAUAUUCUUCGUCUAACUCAAUUACAAUGCCAAAAAAGACUAGCUAUGACUGAUGCUAUGAGAGGAACAUCGUAG